AUGCAAAGUGCCUCAACCCCACCCUUGGUAUGAAAAUUCUUUCAAUGCCAUAGACUCAAAGUUUAUUCACUCUCAUCUGAGAAAGCAAACAGGAUAGGUGGGGGGACUCUUACUAAAGCUUUUAGCAAAGGCCUGUUUGGUUGGGUGCAUAAACAAGGAAAGUGAAAGGGAAAAAGCUACCAAGCUCAUUCAUCACAGCAAGCAACAAAUGAUGGCAGGAAACCCUAGCUGGUGGAGCAUGCAUUUGCAUCCACCUUCUCCAUCCCCAUCUCUCUUCCCUCCUCCAUAUGCUCUUGGAUCUUCUACUCUUCCCCCUAAUUCUUUGCCUGAUAACCAAGAGCUUCCUCAGUCAUGGAGCCAACUACUUUUGGGUGGAUUAUCUGGCGAAGAAGAAAGGUUUGGUCCAAGUCAUCAUUUUCAGCCUAAAAAGUUGGAAAAUUGGGAAAACCAAAUCCUAAACCCAUCUGCGAGGGUUCCAGUUGUUGACGUAAAGCAAGAGGUUACUCAAAAUAGCAACUUGUACGGUCAUGGUGAUGAUGAAUUUCAAGCAUCUAGGCCUGCUUCUGCUGCUUGGUCUCAAAUCAUGCCAAUUUCUUCUCCUAGGUCUUGUAUUACUAGUUUAAGUAGUAAUAUGUUAGACUUCUCUUUUAACAAAGCGACAGAUCAUGGGUCUAACACUCAACCAGUAGAUCAUUCUUCUGAGCAGUGUAAUAGCACAGCCACAGGUGGGGUGUGCAAGAAGGCUAGGGUUCAGCCGUCUUCAAGCCAGCCACCUCUAAAAGUGAGAAAAGAGAAGCUAGGAGAUAGAAUAACAGCACUUCACCAGUUAGUUUCCCCUUUUGGAAAGACUGACACUGCUUCUGUCUUGUUAGAAGCUAUCGGGUAUAUCAGAUUCCUUCAGGGUCAAAUUGAGGCUCUUAGCUCCCCUUACUUGGGUACUGCAUCCUCAAACAUGAGAAACCAACAAUCUGUUCAUGGAGAAAGGAAUUGUGCAUUUCCUGAAGAGCAAGGGCAGGAUAACCAAGAUGAGCCAAAGGACUUAAGGAGUAGAGGGCUUUGCUUGGUUCCUGUAUCUUGCACCCAACAAGUUGGAAGUGACAAUAGCGCCGAUUACUGGGCUCCGGCUUUUGGCGGCGGUGGGUUUUAAGGACGCAAUUAAGGGUUUGAUUGCAGCAUCAUAUGCUCUGCUAGGCUAAAGCUUUCAAUGGGAUGGAAUGGAAUGAGAUAACAUCAUGAGCAGUCACUCUGCUGAAAAUAUUAAGGCUGAUUGCUCAUGAUGCUAUUGCAUUAUUUUUUCUAGCUCCACUAUAUCAAAAUGGCUAUAUUAAUUGUUCUUAAUUGUACCUUUCUUUUUCAUUAAUGUAGGAUAGCUUGUAUUUUAAUUUAGUUUUCUUUUGAGCUAUGACAUAUAGAGCUUCAUUAUAUAAGAAGUUCACUUCUAUUUUUGUUCGUCUCAAAAAAAAAAAAAAAAAAACUUGUUGGUAAAGCACCAUUUCUUUGUCUUCUUUCAUUGUUGAAGAAAGAAUCCUCACUCUCUCAAAUGUACUCAUAGCUUCUCCCCUUUGCUUUUCUUUGAAACCUUU